AUAAAUUUGUCUAAUUACUAGUAAACAGCACUAACGAUUAUUCGUCAACAGCACCUUGAGCCCAUCUCAACGAGUGAUGUUUUUUGCUCUAUUGUUUUACUUCACUGUAUCUACAAUGGCCUUCAAACUACCAGCGCUCCCUUACGGCAUGAGGGAACUCAUCCCUCACAUCAGCGAGGAAACCUUGAGCUUCCACUACGGCAAACACCAUGCAGGCUACGUCAACAAGCUAAACAGUCUCAUCAAGGGCACACCUAUGGAAUCAUGCACUAUCGAAGAGCUGAUACUCGGACAAACCGGUGCCGUAUUCAACAACGCAGCACAAAUAUGGAACCACACCUUCUACUGGAACUCCAUGGGACCUAACUGUGGAGGCGAGCCCACCGGUCCAAUCCGCAAGAAGAUCGAGGAAAAGUUCGGCUCAUUCAGCGCAUUCAAGACCGAUUUCUCUAACCUUCUCGCAGGACAUUUUGGAUCCGGUUGGGGAUGGCUGGUACUAAAGGAUGAUGGCACAGCUGAUAUUGUCCAAACCCAUGAUGCAGGAUCACCAUUAAAGGAGAAUCUAGGACGCCCACUACUAUGCUGUGAUGUCUGGGAGCAUGCUUACUACAUUGACUACAAGAAUGACCGUUUGAGCUACAUUAACAGCUGGUGGAAUCUUGUCAACUGGGACUUUGCCAAUAAGAACCUCGAAGCUCCCUUCAAGUGGUCUUAAAAACUAAAUUUUUAUAAUUCCUUAUUUACUGCCGAAAACUAGAGCUUUUGGAAAAUGUGUCCUUGCGGUCUUCUAUACCCCGCCUUCUUCAAGGUCACUAGAACU